CUAUUUAGUGGAGAAUUUCGUGGCAACGGAGAAUUAGUCAGCGCACGAAGGAACUGAAGGGAAGGGGAGGCAGAGGGAGAGGGAGAGCCCACCCAUUUAUUCGUAAAUUAUUUUCCCAUUGAUCAUCGAGUUUGUCUUCACUCUUCAGUCAUGGCCGAGAUUGAGCUGAAAACAGCACCUGCUGAUUUUCGAUUCCCCACAACCAACCAAACUAGGCACUGUUUCACGCGUUACAUUGAAUUUCAUAGGUGCGUCUCAGCAAAGGGUGAAGAAUCGAAUGAAUGUGAGAAAUUUGCCAAAUAUUACCGCUCUCUCUGCCCUGGUGAAUGGAUUGAGAAGUGGGACGAGCAGAGGGCGGGCGGAACUUUCCCAGGUCCUCUAUAAUUUAACAUGAUAUCCUGGCAUGAUCUUUCUUUGAUAUGGAAGUUGCAUCGUUUCUUUGUUGGAUCUUUGUGAAUCAAUAAUUGACCUGUGUGUUCAGAUUUCUUUGAUUUUAUGGAAAUCACCGCAUUGUUUGUUUUAA